UACCUGAAUGCAGCAUUCUACCGGAUAUGACCACUUCUCCGUCGGUGUUUUUAAAAAAGCGGCGGUUGCUUCUUGUCGUCGUAGUUAACAAUACGUGUUUAAAAAUAAAUAGUGUUAAUAGUUAUUUCCCCUGGUGACGUUCAAGUUUUUCUAGCCGACAACCUGACGGUUUACACUCGGUGUAAAUGACAGGUGGGAGCAUUAUGCUGCAGCAGCUGUGCGCAGAUCAGCCAGGACUUUUGGGCAAACUGUGUCCAGGGGAGAAGAAGUUGCAAGGCAAGACUUUCUACCUGGACAAUGUUAAGAAACGUCCUACAGCCUUGCUUUUGGAAGCCAUAUCCCUCCUCGGAGGCGGCAUUGAGAGCUUCCUGCACAGAGAUGUAAGCUUUGUGCUUACUGGUAGUAAAGUAGGCCUGGAAGAGCAGAAGACAAAGAGUAAUGAUGAAGCUCAGCUGACCCCAAAGCAGCGAGAAAGUGUCCUCAGCAGUGAGAGACAGCGACCAGCAACUCCACGGCCAACGGCUUGCGGCAGCCGAGGAAAAGCCCUCCUUGAAAAAGCAAUUCGCAACAAUGAACGUCUGCAGGCGAGCAGCGUGUUGACAAACGCCCGCUCUUGGGGAGUGAACAUUUUGCAUGUGGACGAUGUUCUUUUGUACUUGAAGCAGUUGAACAGUGAACGUGUCAGUGCAAAAUACAACAAACUGGAGAGGACUUCCACCAGGCACCCCUCUUCUCGUGUUGUUAAAGCUACUUCACUGAGAUCUCCUUAUGUCAAAAUCGAAGACAGAAGCAAGAAGUACAAGCCCUUGCUGUUGCAGUCAAUGACCUUCCCAUCGCUGUGCUACUUGGGACGGUUCAGUCCUUUCGAUUCGCCGCCUCCUCCCCUCUUUGACAAAGAUUUGGCUGCAGGAGGAAAUAAAUCCAGGUCAAAAAGCAAAAUUCUAAGCAGCAACAAGGACAAAUCUCAAACUCCUUCGCCUUGGCCGCCGCGCAAGAAGAACCUCUCUUACUGCGAAUGUUGCCUGCAGUCUUUCUCUAACUUAGAGGAGCACUUGCAAUCAGAUCAGCAUCGCGCCUUUGUGCUGGAGUCCUCGAAUUAUAGCGUGUUGGACCGCCUUGUGGUAAAAAUGGUUCCACAAAUUGACAUCGAUCCUGAAGAGGAAGUCUUAGAUAGAACGCCAGCUUAUAGGCAUACUCAAGACCUUUGUGAACUUGAGCCUUUGACUGAUGCUGAGAUGGAGCUGGAAGUCCAGGCCUUAAAGGGACAAACCUCCAUCUGCAGGCCUGCUCUGGAAUCUGCUUGUCAAGCCCAGCCCUGCAAAUCACCAGAUGACCCCAUCCCAACUGCAGCUUCCCCUUCUAUUAACCAUCAACUCUCUCCAGACCGUGAAAACCUGCCCUGCCCUUCAACUCUUACCAAGUCUGUACUGGCAGUGGUGUCGCAGCCUCAGCUGCUCUCUCCCUGCCCUAAGCCAUCUACGCAAGACCCCCCUUUUGACCCGUACUCCCUGCCUCCUGUGCUCAGCCCCCAAGUCCUCUCACCUGUUCAUAUAGACCCACACAGUCUCUACUCAGAACCUCCUGUACUCAGUCCUCAGAACUCCACCCCUGAGGAAUAUAUGCGUGAAAAUGUUGUGAGUGUGUCAGAAUCCGUCUCCGUUUUAUUUUCAGAAUUUCCAAUUGGGGCUGUGGAGGUAUCCAACCAAGAUGAUCCUCCAGUUUUAAGCAGGACCCAGUGUCCCUUUGGUUUUCUGGAGUCUUCCAAGCAUCAAUUUUGGACCCCAAACCUCAGAAAACGCUGUAGGUAUUCCAGCCCUGAUCGAAGCCGCAGCAAAAGGAAAAGGACGGCAAGCGGUGGUUAUUGGAAAGACAUUAGAGAUUCAUUAUCUGACACGCCCUCUUGUCAAAGACAAAAGUCUUCUAGUGGAAUUGUCCCUUUAUUAGACAGAAUAUCUCAUGUGGAGAAAUUGGACUCAAGUGUUUCGCUGAGUUUACCUUCAUUUGAUGUUUUGGCAUCAUGGCCGCUGUCCUCCCAUCCUCUCAACCCUUCACCUCACUUGUCUAACGACCAACCACCCAGCGGCCUUUGCGGCCGAGACUCUCUACAGUCAAACUCCAUCUCUGUAUGCAUCGACCCAGCUCUCAUCCCGGACUUAGACUGUCUCUCCUCGUCCGACUCGGAUUGGGACUGCGAGUUGCUGUCCGGUCAGGGCCUGGUGGCAGCCCAUCCAACGUCGCCAGUCGGUCCAGGCUUCGAGCUGGACAUGGACAUUCUGCAGCGGCCAUGCGCCUGGAUGCAUGACACCAGCUAUGAGUCGCGUCUGCACACCGCCCUGAAGCCGUCCACACCGGCGGCGGAGCCCUGCGCUUUCUCCAGGACAGUGGUGCAAAUUGUUGAGGUGCAGCACUGAAAGCACUUUAGAAUGAAACACUCGCUGCAAGAUGGAGAAAGUUGCUUGUGAAAAGACAGACAAGGCAACUGCUUAAAAAACAGUGCAAAAUAAACUCAUUAAUUUCCAUCUAGGCACACCUUCAAUUGUAAAUUUUUGAUUGAACAACAUAUUGAUUAGUUAAUACGUCUGAUCGAGCAUCAAUACUUGUCUCUUACGUUCCUGUUAGUCUGCUAAACAGCGGGCGUGUUGUCAUGCUGACAUCCGUCUUUCAGCAGCUGUCUCAAAACGCACUCUCAGAAUUUAAUGAGCUUUUUCUGAAAGAGGCAUUAUUCAAUUACUAUAAGUGCUUUGGAUUGCAUCCCGCUCGUUUUGAUGGUUCUGACAUGCACUUGGAUGGAGUAGAGCUCUUGUGCUUCCUGUGAGAUGGAAUCGGGGGGAAAUACAUUUUGGUACAUGUUUCAUGUAGAUGGGCCCAAAUGUCAGUCAAAUGUGUAUACAUACUAUUCCCUGGGAAAUUAUCACUCCUAUUUUUAUUGAAUAAAUUGUUUUUAACCUUAAA